CACACACUAGCGUGCUAAGCAAGCCGCGGCUCCGCUACGCUCGCCAGUGCUUGCCAGGAGCACCGCUGGACGCAGCUGGGCACGCGACCAACGCGUCGGGCCGGCCUCGCUGAGGCUAGUCGCCGCCGCGGCAGAAAGAGGCUAACAGAGGCCCAUCGUCGCCGAGAGCCCGGGAGGCCGCCGCGCGCGCUCCCCGCCGGCCGCGCUGCUGUAAGAGGACGCCGGCGAGCAUUCGAGUAGUGUCCUAAGUGUAUUUGUCACAAAAAACACACCAUGUCCUCGUCGAUCCAGUUCCGCUUCAGUUCGUCGAAGACGUACGAAGCGGUCACCUUUUCGGGCUUGAUGAUCAAGCUGCUGGAGCUGAAACGAGCCAUCGUCGAGAAGCGCAACUUGGACAAGGGCACUAGUGAUUUUGACCUGAGAAUAAGCAACGCCCAAACCGACGAAGUGUAUGAGUCCGAUGAUGUGAUGGUCCCAAAAAAUACGUCUGUCGUGGUACGGCGCGUCCCGUGCACGGCCGAGACCGGUUUAUUAGCGAAGCUCGAGGGCGGCGCUCGUAUUAGUACAAGAGCGGCGCGGGCCAUUGAAGUGCAAGCGCGCCCGCAAAAGGUCGAGACGGCAGCUGUCUUGAAUUCUGUGGGCGACACGCUGAAGGAGUUCACGCCGGCCGUGCCGCAGGGGCGAGGAAGGGGUCGAGGCGGUCCCGGCGGGCCCGGCGGCUUCCUCGCGACGCAUCCGCCCGGUUCGUAUGUGUGUCAUCGGUGUGGAAAACCGGGCCACUUCAUCAGAGAAUGCCCCGAGAACGGCAACGCGGCCUUCGACAACGCGCCGCGCGUGAGACAUGGGGUCCCGGGCAUGCCCCGCACGUUCUGGAAAGCUGUUGCGGAAGAUGCGAUUGAUGAUGGCGGGUCGACAUUAGCUCGCACACCGGAAGGGACAGUCGUCGCUAUCGUUCCUCAGGAGGAGCAGUUUAGACGACUGCAGGGCCGGAUGGGCGGCAACACGGCGGCACAGCUGUCGGAGGACGAUAAAAGGCGCAUGGUCUCCGAGGCGCCGAGUCAUUACGUCUGUCGGUGCUGUAGAGGAUUGUUGCGAGAUGCCGUACUGUUACCGUGCUGUGGAGAAUCCGCGUGCGACGGGUGCGCGCGGCGGCACAUCGCCGAGAGCGGCGGGCGGUGCCCGCUCUGUCGGGCGGCGUCGCCCGCCGAUAGGUUGGUGGCGAACCGAUCUCUGAGAGCGGCCGUCGCGACGUAUCAGGCGGAAUGGGGCAAACGAGAGCGGGACAACCUCGCGCAGCAGCGCGACCUGGCCCUCAUCCAGCAGCAGACGCAGAGCGACGCGCUGGCGCCGCGCCAGGUCUCGGGCGUCGACGCCGAGUUGGAUUUAGGUGGUGCGGCGGCGGCGCCGCCGGCGGCGGCCCCGGCGGCCGACGACGACGACGACUUCGGCGGCGACGUCUUCAACCCGGCGGCGCCGACGCCGGCGCCCGAGGCGCCCGUGCAAGCGCCGGCCGCGGCGCCGGCGGCCGCGGCGCCGGCCGCGGCCGCGGCCGCGCCGCCGCCGGCCGCGGCGCCGGCGCCGGCGCCGGCGCGCGCGUCGCCGCCCGCGGUGCCGCAGUACGGCGGCGCGCCCUACGGCUACCCGCCCAACGGCUGGCCGCCGCGCGGCGCGCCGCCGCCCCAGGCCUGGGGCCCGCCGCGGGGCCCGCCCAUGGGCUACGGCCAGGCGCCCUGGGGCCCGCCGGGGGGCAUGCCCUACGGCCAGCCGCCCAUGGGCUACGGCCAGUACGGCGCGCCGCGCCCGAUGUACGGCCAGCCCUGGGGCGCGCCGCCGCCCGGCGCGUUCCCUCCGCGGGGCUUCCCCGGGGCCGCGGUACCCGCCGCGGCGCCGGCGCCGGCUCCUUCGAAGGGCCGGUCGCGGUCGCGCGACCGCCAGCGGCGCCGCCGCCGGCGCGACUCGUCGUCGUCGUCCGACGGCUCGCGCUCGCGCUCGCGCGACCGCAAGCCCGGCGGCGGCCUCGCGGCCCAGGCGGCCGCGGCCGCCAAGUCGGCCGGCGGCGGCACCGUCGAGGUCGACGUCACGCAAGGCCGGGAGAAAAAGCGCCGCAAGAGAGGUGGCCGCAAGAACCGCGGGAGAAGACGGAAGGGUUCGGGCUGA